UAAUUUAUUAUAUAAACAUGUAAUAUAAAAUUGUUUGUCAUCAAAUCAUUAUAGCAUUGUAACAUAGUAAGAGUAUUCAUAAUGGAAAAUUUAAAUUUGUUCACUUGGUCACUCUCACUAUUGAUUGUCUUCAUAGUUUACAAAUUUUUAUUAACUUGCAACAAAAACAAGAAAAAACUGCCCCCAUGUCCUCCAUCUCUUCCGAUCAUCGGCCACCUUCACAUGCUAAAACGACCAUUACCCCUUCACCAAACACUCCAUGAAAUCUCCACAACCUAUGGUGAAAUCCUAUUCCUAAAGCUCGGAGUUCGUAAAGUCCUCCUCAUCUCUUCCCCCUCCGCGGUGGAGGAAUGUCUAGUAAAAAACGACACGAUUUUUGCUGACCGCCCAGACACUCUUGUUGGGAGGCUCCUACACUACAAUAGCACAUCUAUUGCCUUUUCACCUUAUAAUGAUCACUUCCGGACUCUAAAGCGGCUCAUGACCCAGGAGGUGUUUUCGUCUACUAAGAUUCCCCUCUUUUCUGGGAUUCGACAAGAUGAGUGCAAUCUCCUAAUCCGCGACCUUUACCAUGAAGCUGCCACUGAGGAUUUGGCGAAGGUCAAUUUGAAUCAAGGGUUUAAUGACUUGGCUCUCAACAUAAUGACCAAGAUGACAGCCGGGAAGAGGUAUUACGGAAAGGAAGUCGAGGACAUAAGUCAAGCGAAAGAGUUCAGCGACAUAAUUAGAGAGGGAUCAGCGUUAAGUGCAGCUGAUAAUCCAGGAGAUUUUCUGCCUAUGCUGAAGUUUAUGUUUCGAGAAUUGGAGAAGAAGAUGGUUGCAUGGAUGGACAAAACGGACAGCUUCUAUCAACAGCUCCUAGACGAGCGAAAAGGCCGAGUCAACAUGAAUGGUUCUAAGGCUAUUAUUGAUGUUCUAAUAUCAGCUCAAAAACAGGACCCUGUGUUUUUCACCAACGAAGUCAUAAAGGGCAUGGUUAUGGUACUAGUACUUGCUGGAGCAGAUACUACAGCUGCAACCAUUGAAUGGGCAAUGGCACUUCUCCUAAACCAUCCAGAAGCAAUGAAUAAGGCACAAAAAGAGAUAGAUGAAGUAGUAGGGCAUGAUCGCCUCUUAAACGAAGAUGAUGUAUCCAAAUUACCUUACCUUCAAAACGUUGUAAAUGAAACACUUCGUUUGUACCCACCAACACCACUUCUUCUCCCACACGAGUCAUCAGAGAACACAACUAUUUGUGGCUAUGAUGUGCCCCAAGGAACAAUGUUAAUGGUAAGUUUAUGGACCAUCCACCGAGAUCCAAAGAUAUGGAUGGAGCCUGAAAUGUUCAUUCCAGAACGAUUCGAGGGGAAGGAAGGGGAAUCUCUUUAUAAACUAUUGCCAUUUGGGCUUGGAAGGAGGGCUUGUCCUGGGUAUGCUAUGGGUAAAAGAGCAGUAUGUUUGGUAUUAGGGUCAGUACUUCAGUGCUUUGACAUGGAAAGACCUGAUCUAGACAUGGUUGAUAUGUCUCAAGCCACUGGACUUACUAUGCCUAAAGCUAUUCCAUUGGAAGCUUUGUGCAAAGUUCGUCCGAGCAUGGCUAAUUUACUUGUUAAAGAAUUAAGAGUGCAAGUGUAAUGGGUGCCAAUGCUUGGACCAAAUGAGUUUGAAUUUGUAAUAUGUUCAAGGUUCUUCUAAACUUCUAGUUUUGCAAGUCAUAGAAGACUAUAGCAAAAUACGUUGGUACAAAUUGUGUUUAAUUAGUUAAUACUCAUCUUAAUUAGUAGCAAAAAUAAGUUUUUAUAGUUGAUAAUAUAAAAACACUUAUUUUGGUACUAAGAUCAGUAAGAUGUACCAACUAAAUGCACUUUAUGUCAGUAGCAAUAUGGUUUUACUAGUCUUUUAUGAUGUGCUUUACUUGAGUUUGAGAAACUUCACAAUAUCUUCGAGGCCAAAUAAAAUUUUUAAUACAGGUAAA